GUUCGCGGGGACAGUGCACGGCGUGGAAGAGAAAGCAGCAGCCGUCCAGUGCCCACGAAGACGACCAUGGCCAAGGAGUGGGGCUACGCCGACCACAAUGGUCCUGACCACUGGCAUGAACUUUACCCAAUUGCCAAGGGAGACAACCAAUCGCCCAUUGAACUGCACACUAAGGACAUCAAGCAUGACCCUUCUCUGCUGCCCUGGACAGCAUCUUAUGACCCUGGCUCUGCCAAGACCAUCCUGAACAAUGGGAAGACCUGCAGGGUUGUAUUUGAUGAUACUUAUGACAGGUCAAUGCUGAGAGGUGGUCCUCUCACUGCAGCCUACCGGCUUCGCCAGUUUCAUCUUCACUGGGGCUCCUCAGAUGAUCACGGAUCUGAGCACACUGUGGAUGGAGUCAAGUAUGCUGCGGAGCUCCAUUUGGUUCAUUGGAAUUCAAAGUAUAACAGUUUUGCAACUGCUCUGAAGCACCCUGAUGGAGUGGCUGUAGUUGGCAUUUUUCUGAAGAUAGGACGUGAGAAAGGCGAGUUCCAACUAGUCCUUGAUGCAUUGGACAAAAUUAAGACAAAGGGCAAGGAGGCACCCUUCACGAACUUCAACCCAUCCUGCCUGUUCCCUGCCUGCCGGGACUACUGGACCUACCAUGGCUCCUUCACCACGCCGCCCUGCGAGGAGUGCAUUGUGUGGCUCCUGCUGAAGGAGCCCAUCACCGUGAGCUCUGACCAGAUGGCCAAGCUGCGAAGCCUCUACUCCAGUGCGGAGAACGAGCCCCCUGUCCCCCUAGUGAGGAACUGGCGCCCCCCACAGCCUAUCAAGGGCAGGAUAGUGAAGGCCUCCUUCAAAUGAGGCUGCUGGAGCUUGCCCUCUUCAGGAAAGGAAACCUGCUACUGCAGAGCUUGGUUCCUUGCCUCCUUUUGGUGCUCCUUAUUCCAAGUAUUAUUUCAGUUUUCCACACUGAGCAAUGAAGGUGAGAGCUGCAAUCACCAAGAACCAAAGUUACUAUUGACAGAUCUAAUACGAAAGCAUUUGGCCUUUGUAAGAAUCAUCUUUCCUGUAAAAGAAAACUCUUACUAAGUUUCAAAGAAAAAGAAACAGAGAUAGAAAAGAUGGAGAAAAAUGGCUGUUGGGCGCCAUUUUGUGUCAUCUUAAAUUUCACACAACUUCAGUUUUUACUCUUUUCAUGUUACUAGUUAUCGAUCUUAAAGAAAUAAUGAGUAAUUCUAUAUGAGGAGUAGAGGUAUAUGAAGAUCAUGUAGCAAUUACACAUAAGCCAGAAAUUAAAAUAACUGUGGACGUCAAGAAUUGCAAUGAUGCUGUGUGUUUUAACCCUUAAAUAAAACUAACUAGAGGUCCAUCAUUUAUUAAAAUUGGAGUUCUGUAAAAAAGGGCUGGUUUUAAUAAUGAAAGUAACACAUUUGACCGGGAUUAAAAAAAAAAAAAAAGACCCAUUUUUUGAAUUUUUUCUUCAUAAAGAUAGUUGACUUUAUCCUAUUUCUCUUUACCUGAAGGAGGGCCAUUUAUUUUUCUUUUUACUACUUUUAUCUUUGCAUGCUUACUAAAAUAAAAACUGCCUCUGCUAUCUUUCCAUUUUGAGGGUGGGAUUAAUGAUUCCUAGAACACGCAGGAGUGAAUGACUGCACUUGAAGAUAAAGGCAGUUGUAUUGAUCAUCAAAACUAAUAAAGACGUGAAUGC